GGGAAAGUUUGUAAAAUACUGGCCAGUGUCACAGCACCUCAGUUACAGUAGUUACCAGGAUAGGAAUGUUACCCAGUUGACACACCGGGCACUGUAGGACAGCUAGACCAGAAUGUUCAAACCUGAGUGAACACACCCUUUUGUCGAGGAUAUGGCUUUAGAGCCAGAGCAUGAUUUCCACAUAGAGGAGAAGGUCUUAGAGUUCAGUGUUGAGGUAGUUGAUGCCCAGUUCAAUUCAGCAGGGCGUUAUUUCCUCAAGCUUUCCAUCCAAAGUCUUGCCACCAAAGACUACAGCCGUGUUCAGCUAAAGAAGGAAUCUGCUUCAGAGUUUAUCUAUGACAGCGAGGUCAUUACCGAUGUGGUCUCCAUAUUUGACGCUACUAAGAACUGCAGUUUUCAAGAGAAAUGCUUCACAUUUAAAUUACCAAAAGGUUUUCUCAAAAAUGAUAAGAACUAUGAUGUCUUCUUGUUGGUGGAGGCCUUCACCUUACCCAACAAUGAUGAGGACAUGGGCACAAAGGUGGGGGAGGGUAAAGUGGCCAUAUACCCGCGCACAAACGCUCCCCGUAUCAAUGUUUGGGUGGCCAGGGGGAAGGACAUGUACCACUUCACAGACAUCAUGACCAUUCGCAGAACUCUUAGCUCGGAUGACCUUAAGAUGCACUGUGGCAGACUUAAGUGUGUAUUUUCUCUGAGAGAGGAAGUCCCUCCAUCAUCCGCCCCUAAAACUCCUCCAAGAGAGUCUCCAGAUUUGUCUGAAUUCUUAGGCAAACAGGAUGAGGCUGAGAAACACAAGUCUCCUGUACUGCCUUCUCCUAAGCCCAAGACUCCAAUCCACACCUCCAUCCCUGAGCCACAGCAGUCAGACACACCCGAUAACUCCUGGAGGCACAUAUCCACUCCCCCACCUCUACGCUCAGCAAGAACUGCCACGCCCACCUCAUCAGCUCCUACAAAUCAGCAGAUGAUGGAGUCGCCUCUGCCCCAUGAUAUGAUGGGUAUUCCCAGUUCCCACCCAGGCUGUCGCCAUGUUGCUAGUCAUGGGAACGAACGAGUGGAGGUUCUCAUCCAUGGAGCCACUAACUUACCCACCACAAGUGAUGGAUCAGUACCUCAACCAUAUGCCAUCCUGAAGUCUGGGUCUGAUGAGCUGCAUCGGCGAGUAGCUACUGGUCGUACACACGCGUCACUUCAUUCCACACACACACCUUUGUGGAGGAGCUUGUGUCACUGGAAGUGGAUGAAAGAGGGGCUUCAGAUGAGUACGUAUCAUCUCUAUGACUCAUCUCUACACCUGUUAGAUGUACAUACCUUUGCCUCCAUUAUCCUUAGAGUGGGUGAUGACAACCAGAGACAGAGCCUUGUGACUUACCGUUUACCAUGGGCCUAUCUCAAACCAUACCAUCAAUAUCACCUGGAACUUGUUACGCCCUCCAAGAGUAGUCCAUUUGGCAUCAGAACGUAUGUGACAAUCACAAGGAAAACAGCACGUCUUCCUCAUGACAUGGCCUCUCCUAACUAUUGUGGACUGGAGGUGUUACUGUGUGCUGUAGAGAAGCCUCUGCUGAACCCUGUUGGUCCGCUCAUUGCUGUUGCCCGGGUAGUCCCAGACGGAUCAGUUUAUCAAGAAGACAACUUAGCAGUUCACCCUCGGCCUGCUGGAGUGACUCUGACAACAGUUACCUGCCCUUCCCCUCACCCAUCCUCAUUUAGUGUGCCAAACUCUCAGCCACAUGGCUACCCUCAGAUUACCCAGCAUGGAUAUCCUGAAGCUCAGCCUGUGUGGAAUCAUCACUUUCUGUUCUGUGAACGUCGUGAGAAAGCUACUUUGUUUACCCCAACGGCUGCCCUUGUUGUAGAAUAUUAUAGAGCCAGUGAAGUGAUGUCUGACAUGGUCUGGAGGGUAAGGAGUCCUGUGGGCUACUCCAUAUUACCGUUAGAUGAAGAUGUCUACAAACAAUUGGUAUCAGAAAGGGGUCAUCUAGGACUCAGAGUUGAGGGACUCCAAGUUCAGGGUUCUGACUUGGAAACCAAGGACAGUCAAACACCAACUGUGGGCUUGGUGCUAAGGCUAAUGACUGUGGAGCGUCCUGAGCACCUGGCUAGUGUGAGUGACAGACAGAGUUUAGCUGUGUUACUGCGGAAUCCUGCCCCUCAGGGAACCCCUCAUGUGUCCACUGAGUACUACAGGAACCCCUCCCCUGAGGUCCUGUUUGUGGAUCAGACUGCAGUGAGCCCAGAGUCAUCAGAACCACAAGCCCCUCCAGAAACACACACACCAUCCAUACCACCAGCACCCACCCCACCAGACUCCAGAGAAAAGAGCCCACAGGCACUAAGGUCAUCUCCCCUUCUGUACCAGCAAAGGAUUCUAAAAAAACCACUACUGUCUAUGGAAUUUCUCAUCAGGAAACAGCUGACAGUAGCCACACAGUGUAUAACCACUAGUAGAUGUAGUCCUCCACACUGGCCACAGGACACAGGGUGGACUAUAGCUUACACCAUAUACCCCAGUAUGGCAACACUUUACUACAGGCCUUACACCACAGAACCCAUCAAAGAUGGUGAGUUGCCCCCUUUUGAUGCCAUGGAGUCUGUAUUACCAGAGUAUCAGUACAUAUUUGUGGAUCCUAACCAGCCUCGUAGAGAAGCUCGUCCUCUCCCACCCCCUCAAGACACACGGCCCCUGCCCAGUGACCAGGUGCCGUCCUCUGUACUUGAGCACCAGCUGAAGGAACUGGAGAACUACCGUACUGCUGUUCACAAGAUGGGCAGGGAUAUCCUGGCCCUGAGGGAGCAGAUCCGUGAGCAGGAGAUAGAAAACAGCCAACUACGACGCGACCUCGCCCACUACGAUGACUCUACACGCCUCAUCCUGGACUCCUCAGACCUGGAUGGAGUCACAAAGCCAGAGCUGGCAGCAAAAUAUGCCUCGCUGAAGCAGAAGUUAGCAAGUCAGACAGCUGAUCUGAAGUCCUACAAAGAUAGAGUUCAAAAAUUACAAAAUGAAAUUAUUAAGAAAAAUGACAGAGAGAAGGAAUUCCUGAAGGUGAAGGAUGCUCACCUGUCUCAACAAAGCCUGAUGCUGAAGUUCCAAGAGAAAGCCAAGAAAGUGAAUGAUCUGGAAGAGGCAUGUCGUAAACAGGAGAAAGUUAUAGAAAAGAUGGAGAAACUGUUACAGCGACAAAAAGACCACAAAAACAGAGGUAAUUUACAACAUGAUACCCAUGAUGCACUGCUAGAGGAAAAUCGACGUCUAAGAAGAGAAAUGGAAAUAAUGAAGGAUCGAACUCGCCACAUGGACAGUCCAUCAAAUGAUGAAUCAGAGAAACUCGAGCUGUACCAGGCUCUGGACAAAGCGGAAGGGAGGAUCAUGUCCCUUGAAAAACAGUUGGCAGACAACAGUAGACGGUGGGGUCGCGAAAAGGCUGAUCUUGUUCUCAGGAAGAAUGAAACUGACUAUGGCUUUGGCCGUCCCAUUGUCUCCCCUGCUCUGCUACAUCACAGUUUUCCUGCACCUAGAGAACCCAGGCGCUUUUCAAAGGCUCCAUCAAAACAUAAAUUUUCUCCCAAGAUUGGCUCAUAUUAUUGAUUGAUAGCUGUUAGUUGGUUCUUGUUUUAGUUUUGUAUUUCUUUAUUUAAUUUGUUUCACUGAAAGUGCUAUAUUUGUUUUAACAUCUCAACAUACUGUGAAAAAGAGAGUUGUGAUAAUUGAAUGAUGCUCAGGAUUUUGACCGUACACCAGUAUGACUGCAGUGACUUUGCAUAAAACAAACUUCUAUCUUUUGUUGUGGUAAAGACCUUUGUUUUAAGAACAUCCAAUGUUUUAUAACUACAUGACUACACUCAUUUUGUUUUGGAUGGUAAGUUCUAGUUUUUAUUCAGAAUGUUUUUAUGUUAGUACUGUACCAUGCAGUACAUUAAUGAUCCCAGGACAUCAUUUUUGGAUUUUCUGGCUUAUAUACCGUCUUUUAAAAUAAAAAGAGGUGAAACUUGUCAUACUAAAACUUUAAAAUACCACUGCAGAACCAUGUAGAUGUUCUGAAUUGUUAAAUGUUUUCAAAUAUCAGUUACGUACCUUAAUAUAAAUAUAUUGUUUGGUGAAUAACAUGAUACACAAUAGAAACACUGUCAUCAACAGUUAAAUAAAACUUUUGCUUCUUUUAGAUUUGUUGCCUGGCAUAGCUUAAUUGGUAUGACAUUUGUUAUUUUGUGUAAAAUAUAAUACACUUAUUAAAUAAGAACCAUACUUAUACUGGGAUUGACCCCCGUAGGGUGACAUUGGACAGUGUGUGUUGAUGAUUGGAAGUUACACUGAUUUGUCAUUAGGAAUUACAUUUAAAUUGGUUAGAUGUAUGUACUGUACUGUUUUGUCAUGGUUGGAUUAGUCAAGAUGGAA